UGAGCUAUUCCUUCGCCUUCUUACUCCAUACAAAAACACUUCUACAAUCGCGUGAUUUAUUUACUGUAACAACCUUUCCCGGUUUCCGACCCCAAAAAACCGAAACACAAACCUUUCUCCGAUCACCGUUACCUCGAUUUCCAUGAACGCUCACAGAAAAAGAUUAAAAUAAUAUCACAUAGGACACAAGAAAAAGAAAAGUCUUCACAAACUGUGAGACCAACCCCAACCGCCUAUUCCUGCUCUCACUUUCCCGCCGCUCACUCUCAUCUUCAAUCUUAUCACCACCACCUCUCUCCAGAAAGUUCCGAAUUCUCUAAUGCUGGAGCUCCGGUUUUGCUAGCACAGUUGGAAUGUUUCCGAGCGGCACAAUCCGGCGGAGGCUGGCCGCUCUGCUGCGGCCGUGGCUUCGGGAAGAGCCGGAACUCGAGCUCAGUUUGGGGCUGAUCAGUUCGCACGCGGUGGCUAAGAACCUCCGGUUCGAUACCGCGGCGCUCAAUCGGCUCGGCGACGAUUCGGACGGGCUUUUGUAUAAGGAGGUCAGUGUCGAACAGUUGAGCGUUCGGUUCUCGAACUGGCUCGCUCCUGCAUUUUCAAUCGAGUUUCAUGGCGUCAAAGUGAUGCUCUCGACUCGGGAGUUGAAGAAGAAGAAGAAGAAGAAGAAGAAGCUUUCUGAGGAUACAUUUGCAGAGGAUACGAAGAAGAAGAAGCUUUCUGAGAUUGAUCCUCAGGGGAGUGCUGUGCAUGCUUUUCUGGAAAAUCUUAUGGCUACUUCUACGACUCCGAAAAAUAAGUUCAAAACAUCUCUUUUGAAUCUGUUACUCACACACUGUCAGCUCCAAGUGCAUGAUAUUAGUGUCCAAGUCCAGGUUCCGAUCUUAAAUGAUUCGUUUUUCUGUUCACUGGAUAUAGAAGAUAUAAAUGUAGAUCCUCAGUAUAUUGAUCGUGGGUGUCUUCUUCGAGGCCUUUUUGGUACAUUCUUUGUACCUAUGAAGGAGAGCUCUUUUGCUAUAGUAGGCAGUGGUUGUGAGGUUGGUUUUAAGAGGGCAGGUCAACUCAAACGUGUCUUGUUAUUGACCGAGUUGUGCAGUUGCAUUAAGUUGAAUGAUUUUCAGCUUGUAGACAUCAAUCUUCGAGUCCCUGAAAUACAUUUUUCAUUUUCUCCGGAUGAUGUUUCUUUCUAUUUGGCAUUCACUACAGCAUCAUCCCAAGAAUCUCAUCGUGCUAGAGAUGGCAGACAACUGUGGAAGCUAGCUGCGAGUAGAAUUGACAAUAUGACUUCAGCUCAUAGGUGGUCGUUGCAAAAGUCAGCUGUUGCUGUUUGUUUCUGGUUACGUUAUCUCAAUGCUUAUGAGUAUUUACUGUUGCUAAUUGGAUAUUAUGACGACCACUUACUAAAAAGAUCAGCUAUUAGAAUCUAUGAGGACAAGAUGCUUUUGAGUUCUGUUGAAAACCAAUGGAAGGUGAUUUCUGAUAUUGAGAAAGAGCUGCCAGCUGAAGCUAUUGCACAGGCAUGGAAAGUAGCCCGUAACAGAGCAGCAUCAAAUGUUCAAUGUCCCGAAUAUAGUUCCAAAAAACCAUUUGUGACUACAAUUUACAACUUCCUUCUCAUAAUCCUUUCAUUACUAGCUUGUGCCUGGAGAUUUUUUUGCAAGAUAGUCCUUUUUAUUAUGCACCUCUUUGUUUUUAGGAAAAUAUUAGUCAAUGAGCCAAAGAGUGCAGAUCUGGAUAUUGUUUCUGAAGGUCCGUGUACGCAGUUUUGCUUCAGUUUGAUGCUUGGAAAAGUUCAAAUCACUAUCUCUCAUAGAAAUGAAAUUCAACUCUUAGUAAAUGAGAAGUUGAAAUCACAUCUUGGGAUCACUUACUCGGAUUCACUUUCAUUUCGUCUUUCAGUUGAUGCACUGUUAUUAAAAUAUGUAGAGGACAUGUGUGAAGAGUCUUUACUGAUAUCCUGUGGGCAAUUAAAGGUCAGAUCCUCAUCUCUUAUGGAAGCUCCUGUUAAAGAAAGCAGUUCAAAAUUAUUCUUUAGUUCUAUGGAAGCACAUUGGAAGGAGAGCAAUGAUAAGUGGAACAAUAUUCUGUGGGGUGAGCCAGCAGAAAUAUUUCCACUUUUAGAAACUUCUGAAACUGGUUGUGCUGAUCAUGUUGAAGGUUCUUGUGUCUCAUUUCUGAAAGACAUGUGGUUGGAUUGGAGAAGUGAGUGCGAUAAAUUUGGAAAAAGUGAAAUUCAGUACUCUGAAACUCCAUUCCUUCUUUGUGAAUUUAAAAAUUUCUUGAUAUAUCCAGACCUCAAAACAUCGGAUUCUGGUUUUUGGAAGUUCUAUUUUGUUCUGGGAAAGUUGAAUCUUGUGUUGGGAUAUUCAUCAAUAGUAUCAUUGUCUUUGCUAUUUAGGCAGAUACAACAUACUCUAUGCUGGGGAGAGACCAAUGGUCAGUCACCCGGUCUUUCACAUUCUCCAAGAACCAGUGAGAGUAAACCAGAAAUCAGUCUGGAUAGCAAAUACAAGUGCUAUGCUAAUAGAUUAGAAAUGGCAUUGCUUAAAAUGCUUCCAAAAAAACAUGUUCAACUAGGGGUAUUCAUUGCUGGUCCUCACAUCCUUAUGUCAUUGGGAAAGAAUUUUGACGGUGGCAACAAAGACAAAAAUCAUGUAUAUAUUCAGGACGAUUUUCACGUUGCAUUUGAUGUGCACAAUAUUGAAGCUGCUGUUUGGCCAACCUCAAAGUUUGAUCUUGCAUCAUUCGUGGGGCCCUCAGCAUCUGAUGAUGUGGAACCAGAGUGCGUCAGGAUGGACCAGCCUCUGGUGAUUGAUAUCUCUAACUCUAAUAAUGGGAAGUAUCAAGCUCAGGGUGGGAUCUCUCUUGGUUCCUACAUACGAGUUGAUGGUUUAGAUGUCUGCCUGGUUGCCGCAGCAGGAAAACGACAAAGCCAGAUUUUGGUUUCUAAGCCAAUGACUUUGCAGUUGUUAUCCUCCAGGGAGUAUGUUCAUUCAUUUAGCACAAAUGUUAUUGCUUUCUCUGCGGCUUUGUUUGGGAAAACUGAAGGAUUCACCAUUUUAUCGUACAUGGAUGAAUUUGAUGUUCUCUUUCAGGUGCUUGCAAAUUUAUCUUCUGCAGUAUCAUAUUCAUUUAGACAUUUUGCAUCUGUCAGUGACUUGCCAUUACAAUUUGGAAAGCAACAAUAUUCAAAUGCUGAAUCUGAGAACGAGGAGACUACAGCGCAUGAACCUCCCUUGAAUUAUAGCAGUGUCCUAUUUUCAACUAAUGGGACCUUCAAAAUCAAGUCAAUGAAUAUAAUCGUGCACAAGUCUAGGAUGGGUGAUAAUGUGGGGAGCUGCCUAGCAACCUCUGAUGCUUCAAGUAGCAAACAGUUGUCUGAGCAUGACUUGCCUGAUUAUGGAAUUUGGAUUUCAGUUCAUCAAACAAGUCUUGAUAUGUCUUACAAAGAAGGAAAAGUGAUACUUCUUUCUAAUUUAUCAGAAAUUCAGUCUUCAAGUUUUAGAUAUAAGAAUCGGAGAGGCAAAAGUACUGAUCAGUCUGAACUUAGUGAUCUGCUACUGCAAUCUCUUGAUUGCAUAUAUCAACUAUCACUUUCUAGUUGUGUACUUAGUUUAUCACUGUUCCUAUCUCAGAACUGCUCAUCUAUUGGCACUGUUAGCAACACACUUGAUACUAAUUCUGUGAGUGAAACAGAGCACACGGAAAAUUUCCCAUUCACUAAUUCUGAAAGCUCAGGUCAUCAGAACUAUAGCUUUAUUCAAGGGUCAGAACUGGUUUCAAAUAUUCGACCUCCGGGCUCAAGCCAUUGGUUACUUGUAAAUCUUGCACUGGGUAAGAUUUAUGUGGGAAGAUGCUCAGCAAAGAAUGUUAUGAAUGAGGCGCAUCAAUUAAAUAAGUUUUUGUCAUCAGUUUCUGUUGGUGGUGAAUUUCAGAGAAUCAGUUGUGAAAUUCAGGGUGGUUUCCUUUUCCUUGAAACAACAGCUUCGGCUACCUUAUUGCGAUGUUUUUCUUCAUAUCUUGAUUGCUUCACAAAUAUUUUAUCUGGCUCACAAUCAUCCGAUAAGCACGUUGAAGAAGAUAAGCCCAUUGAAGAAGCUGAUACUGCUGUAAAUAUGACUAGACCAGAUAGUCAUUCUGAUAAGGACUGUAUGCAAGAGACUCCUUGUACAUCUCCACUGGUCAAAGGGGGACAGAUGGAAGCUUUUAGCUUAAAUAUAUCUCGUUUUUCUUGCGCUCUUGUGAUUCAGGAAGAGAAUGGUGCUGUACAGGAGCUUGUGCUUGAGAUUGAUGCCCAUUUGAACGUUGAGUUGGAAAACAUGCUAAGAAAAUUUAUAUUUAAGCUUUCUCGCAUAUCAAUCCUUUCUCAGGUCCUUCAAGAAAUUUUGGAAAAUAAAACCCAAAGUUCUCAAGUUUCUUCAGUCACAUCGAAUACUUUUCAAUCUCAUGCUGCAUCAGGAGCGUCUACAGGUUCUCAGCACAUGGACGAGAUUCAUCCUGUUAAUAAUGCAAGUAGUUCAAGACGUCCUGGAUCACAGGAAGAGCACUCUGAACAUAGUUCUCUGCAUGAGGUAUUUCGUCUAAGUCAUCACAAAUAUAUCCUAAAGGGUCAAGAACUAGCCUCCAGUGAGUGCGAGUUAAGACAGGAAGGGGGAACUGCCUUCAUAUCAGUUGAGAAGCCUUUAAAUGAAGUUUGGGUUGGAAGCGGAACUAUUUCAUGUUUUGAUAUUACAAUAUCUCUAUCUCAAAUACAGAUGCUUUUGUCUAUGAUUUCAUCCUUUUCUGGGGUAUUUGGGGAGGAGUUGAUCAGUGAACCGGAUAGAAGGCACUGGUCUAAUGACGAGGAAUUAAAAAAUAGUGUGGAGACAAUGGUUCCUAAUGGUGCAAUAGUGGCAAUUCAGGAUGUCCAUCAACAUAUGUAUUUUACUGUUGAGGGUAAUGAGGAUAAGUACAGCUUAGCGGGUGCAGUUCAUUAUUCUCUUGUGGGAGAAAGCGCUCUUUUCAUGGUCAAGUAUAACAAUCAAAAGGGAUGGAAUUCAUCAGUUUUGUGGUUCUCCUUGAUAUCGUUGCAUGCCAAGAAUGCUUCUGGGGAGCCAUUGCGCUUGAACUACCGUCGAGGAUCUGAUUUUGUUGACGUCUCUAGUGCGAAUGAUAAUGCAGGGGCACUUUGGACAGCGGUUUCUUGUGAGCCUGAAAGUUAUGAGGGUGACAUUGACUGGGAGCCCUACAAUCAAUUGGUUAAAAGGACCUUUUACCUUGUAAACAAAAAGAAUGACUCUGCUGUUGCUAUUGUAGAUGGGAUUCCAGAGUUUGUUAGAAAGCCUGGAAAUCCAAUCAAGUUGAAAGUGUUCCACAAUGCUCCUACAGCUCAUGACAUAAAGAUGGAUAACUACCCUGGAGAGGCAUCUGUGGCUCGUCCGCAACAGAGUGAUGAAGGGAAAACUUCUGGGAAGGGUGGAAAGCUUCCUUGCAUUGAUGUUACAUUUGACACAAUUUCCUUGACCAUUAUCCAUGAACUCGUAGAUACAAAAGACAUGCCUCUCCUUCGUUGUUGCAUUGGCAGAACUGGACAGUCCAAACAUGAACUUGAAGAGUCAAAAGACAUGGCUCUCCUUGGUGGUUGCAGUGACAGAACCGAACGAUCCAAACUUACUGUUCAAAUUCUCCCUUCUAAAGUUAGGAUUAUAAGCUCCUUAACAACAGUGGUAUAUUACUUUGAUGCACAAAGAAACAAAUGGAGAGAACUUAUCCACCCAGUUGAAACAUGCCUUUUCUAUCGUUCAAGCUUCCAAAUUCAGAGUUCAGAAGCUGUUUCGCAUGGAGUACCUGUUCAUAUCCAUUGCAGAACUAAAGAGUUGAAUAUAUCCCUAUCCGAACUUUCAUUGGACAUACUUCUCUUUACAGUUGGGAAACUAAAUUUAGCUGGUCCUUUCUCAGUGAGAAGUACUAAGAUUUGGGCCAAUUGUUGCAAGGUGGAGAACCAGUCAGGAUUAAACCUUCUUUGUCAGUGUGAUGAGCAAAGUGUAAAAGUUUCCAGAAGGCAGUCUACGUCCAUUAUUUUAAGGUGCUCGGAUUUGGAAAACCAACCUCCAGAGAUGGCAUCAGUCAUGUCAAUCCGACUUACUGGUCCUAGAUCUUCUUUGAUGACCUCUCCAAUUCAUGUCUCUCACCUAGAAGCUCAAGCAUUUGCUUGGAGAACACAAAUAAUGUCACUUAAAGAUUCACAAACUUACCCUGGACCAUUUGUUAUAGUUGACGUUUCAAGGAAAUCCCAGGAUGGUUUGUCAAUUCUUAUUUCUCCUCUCGUAAGAAUACACAAUGAAACUGGAUUGUCUAUAAAGCUACGAUUUCGACGAUCUCAGCAGAAGGAAGAUGUGUUUGCUUCAGUGGUGCUUAAUGCUGGUGAUACAUAUGAUGACUCCAUGGCCAUGUUUGAUGCUAUAAAUUUGUCUGGUGAAGAAAAGAAGGCCCUGAGGUCUUUAAGUCUUGGCAAUUUCUUGUUCUCUUUUAGACCUGAAAUUCCAGAUGGCUUAAUGAACUCUAAGAAAUCAAUUUCAGCAGAAUGGUCAGAUGAUCUUAAAGGUGGAAAGGCAGUUCGUCUCUCUGGAAUCUUUGAUAAAUUAAGCUAUAAAGUGCGGAAGGCUUUCUUUAGUGAAUCUGCAAAAUCUUCCUUCAGCACUGCCCAUUGUACUCUUAAAUCGGAAGGGGCAAAUACUGUCGACAUGCAUUUUUUGAUUCAGAGUAUAAGGAGAAAUGUUCCUAUUGUACAACCUGAUAGGUCUAUGAAUCUCCUUGAAAAUAGCAAAUCACCAGUUGCCUUACAAGAGCAAAAGGAUAUUUAUCUUCUUCCUACAGUGUGUGUUUCCAAUUUAUUGCAUACGGAGAUACAUGUCUUUGUCAGUGAAUCAGAUGGACGUCCUACUAUUGCGUCUGACAAUGAUAGGAAUCAAUCAACCAUAUCUUCUGGUUCCAUGGUUGAAUUUUAUGCCAACCCUUCGAUUAUUUACUUCACAAUCACACUGACUGGUUAUGAUGCAAGCUGCAAACCAGCGAACAGCAGUGAUUGGGUCAAAAAGUUACUGAAGCAGAAAAGUGAUGUGCCUUCUGUGGACAUUGAUCUGGAUUUUGGUGGGGGAAAGUAUUCUGCUGCCUUAAGAUUGUCUCGAGGGAGCAGAGGCACAUUAGAGGCUGCUAUUUUCACAUCAUACUCCCUGAAAAAUGAUACAGAAUUUGGCCUUUGUUUCUUUGUGUCUAAUAAGAGGCCCCUUUCUAGGGAUGAAGCAGAGAAGUAUGGUUCUAGCAUUCCUUCAGAAUUUGGAUUAUAUUUGCCUCCAAAGUCAACCAGAUCAUGGUUCUUAAAAUCCAGCAAAGUGCGUCUCAAAUUGCUAAAAGAUAAUGCAUCGGAGAUGCUUAUCGACUUGGAUUCUUUAUCAGGACUUGCGGAGAUAAGUUUGGAAACAGAGGAAGGAUCUGGAAUCAGAUCUAUUACAAAGCUUGGGGUUUCCACAGGACCACCUUUGAGUAAAGUGGUUGUGCCAUCACAAAUAGUAACUAUGGUCCCAAGACAUGUUGUAAUAAAUGAAUCAGGAGAAAACAUCAUUGUUCGCCAAUGUUAUUUGCAGGAUGACACUGUUGGCAUGAUCCCCGUCAACAGUAAACAGAGGGCGCCUCUACAGCUGUGGAAUGUGAUAGACAAGAAGAGAGAUAUCAGUUUGUUUGAGCGUGUUAUGAAAAAGCACAGAAAAGCUAAUGAUGAUUCACCAAUAUAUCUCCAGUUUCGAUUGAAUGAGUCUAAGUUAGGUUGGUCGGGGCCAGUAUGCAUUGCUUCUCUAGGAAGAUUUUUCCUCAAGUUCAAAAGGCAGCAAUUGGACCAAGUGACAGCACUAGAAAGCAAUGUAACAGAAUUCGCUUCUGUUCAUCUUGUUGAAGAAGGCUCUACUCUUGGUUUACACUUCCAUAAACCUCCAAAUGUCAGUCUCCCAUACCGAAUUGAGAAUUGCUUGCCUGAUGUGUCGAUAACUUACUACCAGAAGGAUUCAUCAGAGCCAGAGAUUAUUGCAUCGGAAAGUUGCACUGAUUAUGUUUGGGAUGAUUUGACUCUUCCACAUAAGUUGGUCGUCAGGAUCAAUGAUAGUCUUCUACUACGUGAAAUUAACUUGGAUAAGGUGAGAGCAUGGAAGCCUUUCUACAAAACCAGGCAACGGAGUGGAUUGGCAACUCAUUUACCAUUUGGAAAAGACUCAGGGGACAAGAAGGGUGAUUUUGGUGAGUUUAAUGGCAUGGAGAUGAUGAAGGUGGGGUUUGAAGUAUAUGCAGAUGGUCCAACCCGGGUCUUAAGAUUUUGUGAAAUUUCUAGCAGCCACAAGGGAGAUAAAAUGUUUCAAUCAUGCGAGAAGAUUCAACUAAGACUUAAUCAGUUUACAAUUCACCUUCUUGAACAUGAAAAGCAGGAUGGAGAAGAUAUGGAGCCGCCUGGGUAUACACCAAUCUUAGCUGCAAGAAUUGGGAAUAUUAACUUUGAUUCUGUCUUUACAUAUGAGCAAAAGUUUAGCCAGAUCAGUAUACAGUCAUUGAAUUUGGAGAACAAGUGGGUGGGUGCUCCUUUUGCAGCAAUGCUUCGUAGACAUCAAUCAGACUUUGAUGAUUCAAAUGAUUGUGUACUCAAAAUUGUCAUUGUCUUGCUGUCAACCAGUUCCAAUGUUGUACAAGUUAAGUACUCGUCUAUUGCUCUGCAGCCAAUGGAUUUAAAUCUUGAUGAGGAGACAUUAAUGAAAAUUGUCCCAUUUUGGAGAACAUCUCUUAGUGAGGCGAAGAGUAGCCAGUAUUAUUUUGAUCAUUUUGAGAUCCAUCCGAUAAAGAUUAUUGCAAACUUUCUUCCUGGCGAGUCAUAUUCAAGUUAUAGCUCAACUGAGGAGACUCUAAGGUCCUUGCUGCACAGUGUAGUUAAGGUCCCUGCGAUAAAAAAUAAGGUUGUAGAGCUCAAUGGUGUUAUGGUCACUCAUGCUCUUAUAACGAUGCGUGAAUUACUUAUCAAAUGUGCACAACAUUAUUCAUGGUAUGCCAUGAGGGCUAUAUAUAUUGCAAAGGGAAGUCCAUUGCUUCCACCAGAUUUUGUGUCAAUUUUUGAUGACUUGGCUUCUUCGUCUCUUGAUGUCUUCUUUGAUCCUUCUCGUGCAUUAGUGACUCUUCCAGGUUUGACUUUAGGUACCUUCAAGUUAAUCAGUAAAUGUAUCGAUGGUAAAGGAUUCUUGGGGACAAAACGCUAUUUUGGUGACCUAGGAAAAUCUUUGAGGACGGCAGGGUCAAAUGUAUUGUUUGCUGCAGUCACUGAAAUAUCAGACUCUAUUCUGAAAGGAGCAGAAGCAAGUGGUUUUGAUGGAGUGGUCACGGGCUUUCACCAUGGAAUAUUGAAAUUGGCUAUGGAGCCAUCAUUAUUGGGAACUGCUUUGAUGGAAGGUGGCCCAGAUAGAAAGAUUAAGCUUGACCGCAGUCCUGCUGUUGAUGAGUUAUAUAUCGAAGGAUACUUGCAAGCGAUGUUGGAUACGAUGUAUAGACAAGAAUAUUUGAGAGUCAGAGUCAUCGAGAAUCAGGUUUACCUCAAAAACCUGCCCCCCAACAGUUCCCUUAUAAACGAGAUUAUGGAUCGUGUGAAGGGGUUUCUUGUGAGCAAGUCACUUCUGAAAGGAGACCCCUCAAUAACAUCUCGCCCCUUGGGUCAUCUUCGAGGUGAACGUGAGUGGAGAAUCGGCCCAACUGUGCUGACAUUAGGUGAGCAUCUGUUCGUGAGUUUCGCAAUCCGAAUCCUGCGGAAGCAAGCUAACAAGUGCAUCGCCAACAUCAAGUGGAAGCCAGAGAGCGAUGGUGGUCGAUCGAUUGUCCCUGCAAGCUCCUCGGAAGAAGUGGUGAAGGGUAAGUUCAUUUGGAAAUGGGGAAGUGGGAUCGGCAAGUUUGUUUUGUCAGCCAUAGUAGCAUAUAUAGAUGGACGGUUAUGUCGUUCUAUUCCUAAUCCUGUAGCUCGCCGCAUCGUUAGCGGCUUUCUGUUGACUUUCCUUGAUAACAACAACAGCAAUGAAUGAACUUUGCCUAUAUUUUUCUUUGGUUUCA